GUCUGGAAUGUGUGUGUGGAGGGAGGGGAAGCGGGGACCAUCACUCCCAAGCCACGCUGGCCCCCGGUCCUUCCUAGUCCCUCGUGGCGCCCGUUGUUGCCGUGUGUCGUUUGUGUUCCCCCUCCGAAAAGCCACGGUUUGAGCACAGGGAGUCCUUUUGUCGACCGCCACCUGCAGAAGGCGACCACGCCGUAAACAUAACACACCCAUUGCCAUGUAGCGACGCGGCACGUAAACCCUUGGACGGGCGAGGAUGGCUGAGGUGUCGCAAGAGGAGAGACUCCAGGUCAUCGCUGAGAAGAGGAAGAAGCAAACGGAGAUUGAAAACAAGCGGAGGCAGCUGGACGAUGACCGACGACAACUGCAACAUCUUAAGUCCAAGGCGCUGAGAGAGCGCUGGUUGUUAGACGGCGCUCCCGCCGAGGAGGAGACUCAGAAGCGUCUGCAGGAGGAAGAAGUGAAGACCAAAAUCCUGGAGCAGCUCAUCCUGAGGCUGGAGCAUGAGAUCGAAGAACUGGAGACGGGUGUGCCAGCCAACAAGGGCGUGGCCAAAGAAAAUGGAGGCGAGAACGGCGUGGCGCAGACGGCGAAGAGAGAGGCGGCGGGCGUGGAGGCCAAGCUGAUGGGCCCCAACCCCGAGCAGGCCAGCGCCGACAACCCCGUCACCUUGGUCUUCAUGGGCUACAAGACCGUGGAGGAGGAGCGGGACGGCCGCACGGCGGCGGCGGCGGCGGCGGGCACGGACGCGGCCGACGGCGACGUGACGGCCGAGUUCGUGGUGAUCGAGGACGGCGAGGCCAAGCCGGCGGGGGAGGCGGCCACCCGGGACCAGGCCCCGCCCAACGGCAGCAUGGCGGAGACGGAGACGGCCAACGGCGGCGGCGAGAAAGAACAGGAGAAGAAACAGACCUGCAAGUGCUGCGCGGUCAUGUGAGCUAGUGUGUGUGUGUGUGUGUGUGUGUGUGUGUGUGUGUGUGUGUGUGUGUGUGUGUGUGUGUGUGUGUGUGUGUGUGUGUGUGUGUGUGUGUGUGUGUGUGUGUGUGUGUGUGUGUGUGUGUGUGUGUGUGUGUGGUAUUGCAUGUGUGUACGCCAGCUUUGUGUGUGCGCACGAAUGAGGCGUGUGUGUGUGUCAGGACUGUACUACUUACCAACAACCGGAGCCAAACAGCAGCAAGAAAAAGGACAACAAAGACUCACAAGUACACACACUCUCUCUGAUACUGUACCUUUCAUUUCUAUUGAUAUUUUUCUAUUCUUACCGUCUUGACAUUUAUAUUGUAUUCCGUACCUUUUGUUAUGAUUAUGACUCUCGUUGUCAUGGGGACUGUGUACUGUGGGCGUGUUGUUGUUGUCGGGAGGGAGAUGUGAGGAAAGAAAGCAAAGGUAUAAAAAAAAAUUAAAAAUAAAAAGCUCUCUGGAUUGUACCGCCUGAAAAAGGGGGAAACCUGGAAACCCAUUUAGAGAUGUCCGAUAAAUGCUUUAAAAUGCAUUUUAUUUCAUGCAAAAAAUAAUAAUAAUAAUAAUAUCGGAAAUUAUCGGUAUCGUUUUUUUUAUUAUCGGUAUUGGGUUGUUUUUUUGUUUUUUUUAAUUAAAUUAACAUAAAAAACAAGAUACUAGGGGUGUGGGAAAAAAUCAAUUCGAAUUCGAAUCUCGAUUCUCACGUUGUGCGAUUCAUAAUCGAUUAUCUUUUCUUUUUUUUUCUUUUUCUUUUUUUUUUUUUUUUUUUUUUUUUUUUUUUUUCAAUUAAUCAAUCCAACAAAACAAUACACAGCAACACCAUAACAAUGCAAUCCCAUUCCAAAACUUGACUCAGCAACACUAAU